AAUCCAAUGAUUAUUAUCCUCAAAUCAUCAUGUCUUCUUCUCCAUCGUCUUCGUCUUCAACCAGAGCCCUGAAGAUUGGUAUAGUCGGAUUCGGCACCUUCGGACAGUUCCUGUCAAAAACCAUGACAAAGCAGGGCCAUUUCCUAAGGGCGACUUCUAGAUCCGAUCACUCUCAACUCUGCCAAAAACUCGGCAUCCCAUUUCACAGGGAUAUGGAUGAAUUUCUGGAAUCGGAGAAUGAAGUGGUAUUGAUAUGCACUUCAAUCCUCUCUCUAUCACAAGUUAUCAAUUCUAUGCCAUUCGGGUCUCUUAAACGGCCCACUCUCUUCGUUGAUGUCCUCUCCGUUAAGGAAUAUCCCAGAAAUCUUCUUCUGCAGGUGCUUCCCGAGGAUUCAGAUGUGCUUUGUACGCACCCAAUGUUUGGACCCGAAAGUGGGGAAAAUGGUUGGCAAGAUCUGACGUUUAUGUACGACAAAGUUCGAAUAAGAGAUGAAGCUCUGUGUUCCAGUUUCAUAAAUAUAUUUUCUAGUGAGGGUUGCAGGAUGCUGGAAAUGGGCUGCGAAGAGCACGACGAAUUGGCUGCUCGCACUCAGUUUCUUACUCACACUAUUGGAAGGAUCCUAUCAGAAAUGGUGGUUGAGCCAACACCCUUGGACACAAAGGGGUUUCAGAAGCUUGUUCAAGUGAAGGAGAGCACUGUAAAAGACAGUUUUGACCUGUUUAGCGGCUUAUUCAUUCAUAAUAGGUUUGCCAGGCAGCAGAUGCAGGUUUUAGAAGAAGCUUUUGAGAAGACCAAACAGAAGCUGCAAGAGAGGCUGGAUAACACACGGUGAUAGAAUUUAACCGUUCUCUUUUUCUUUUUUUCCUUUUCAAGUUUUUAAUUAUCUUCCUGUUGGGGCGGUGUAAAACAGGCACAAUCAAAUUCCACAAAAAGUAGGGUCUGGCAAGGAUUGUGUACGUAGAACUUACUCCUACUUG